AUGAUCUCAUCCAAAUUUCCUGGAGUUUCAUCGAAGCCGCAGUUUGACCAGCGAUGUGAGGAGUGGGUUACCCAUGAACUUCGUAAUGUGCCAUCAUCUUUGCAUAGCUUCGGUCGGGCAGGCGAAGGGGAUCCAUCGCCAUACUUCGUCGCGUUCCACCAGCAUGAUACCGUCAGACUGGCUAUAUUCCUAGACCUACCCACUGCAUGGUUGUUUUACGGAGCUGUUUCAAACAGUUGGGCUAAGGUACUCGUUGAUAAGACUAGGUCUCAACCAUCUACUCUAGCAGACCAUGGGAGCGUGAAUUACAUCAAACUUUGCAGAGACGAUGUCAAUACAGUCAGAGAUUCAACCCCAAUGAGCAAUGCACCUUACGUCGUCGCUUUUCACGAAAACACGAAAGUUAGAAUGGCGACAUUGACCAAUCUAUCCUCCGCUCGAGCCCUUUACAACGCCAUUCCAACCCAUUGGGCCAAGGUCUUCAUGGAUAGGAAUAAAUUUGGGCCCCCGUCGGUAGUGGCCUCCCAUGGGGCUGGCAAGUUCGUCAAGCAAUGCACGACCGAGAUCCUCAACGACAACGACAGCACUCCGCUGAAUCACGCACCCUUUGUUGUUGCGUUCAAUCAGGCUGCGACCGUCAGCUCUGCUUUCUUCUCUGCUCACCGCCAACACUCAGCCGAGGCGUUCUACGACGCUGUCCCUCGGGAUAGGGCUAAAGUAUUCUUAGACAGAAGUAAGAAUGAACCAUCUACUCUUGCGAUACAUGGAGGCCGUGAAUUUGUCAAGCAAUGCGAAAGUGAAGUCCACAAAUUACAAUAUUCAGCCUCCUUUGCUCGGUCGCCCUACUUUGUUGCUUUCCAUCAGCGAAAUGCUGUAAAAGUGGCUGCAUGCGUCGACGAGGACAGUGCCUUCGCCUUUUAUCUUUCUGUCUCGGAGGAAUGGGCAAAAAUCCUUAUUAAACGAAAUCGCUCUGGGCAUACAAGACUGCGGUUUCACGGCCAUGACUGGUUUGUUGGGAAAUGCGAAGGCGAAGUUAUCAAGCUCACUCCGCUAGUGGAAUCGUAUUAA